GCUGAUGGCGUGCGUGCGGGCGCAUGCGCGGUCCGCUGCGUGAGCGAAGCGGGGAGUCGGGUUCAAAGGAGGAAAUAUGGCGGAAAACAAAGGAGGAGGAGGAGGCGGCAGCGGCGGAGGGGACGGGGGCCGCGGAGGCCGGGCCGGCGGGGGGAGGCCCCGAGCUCGCCUCAGUUGCCGCCCCCGCCGCCCCGGCGCCCGCGGCCUCCUCGGCGGGCCUGGCCUCCCCUUCCCCGCCCGCCCCGGCCCCGCCUGAGGAGAGGGAGAGCCCCGCGGCGGAGAAGGAGAAGGAGAAGGCCCCGGGGGAGGCGGAGGCCGCGGUGGCGCUGAGCGGAGGCCCGGCUCCGGCGCCGUUGGGCGCCCCUCCCGCCGCCGCCCCCGCCCCCAACGCGGCCCCGCUCUCGCUGCUGGACACCUGCGCCAUGUGUACGCAGAGCCUGCAGAGCCGGGAGGCCGAGCCCAAGCUGCUGCCUUGCCUGCACUCCUUCUGCCGCCGCUGCCUGCCCGAGCCCGAGCGGCAGCUCAACGUGCCCGUCCCCGGCGGCGCCAACGGGGACAUCCAGCAGGUUGGUGUGAUCAGGUGUCCAAUCUGUCGCCAGGAAUGCAGGCAAAUAGAUUUGGUAGAUAACUACUUUGUCAAAGACACAUCUGAAGUACCCAGCAGCUCUGAUGAGAAAUCUGAACAGGUGUGUACCAGCUGUGAAGAUAAUUCUAGCGCUGUUGGCUUCUGUGUGGAAUGUGGUGAAUGGCUGUGCAAAACAUGCAUAGAAGCUCAUCAACGAGUAAAAUUUACUAAGGAUCAUAUGAUCAGAAAGAAGGAAGAUGUCUCUUCAGAGGCAGUUGGAGCAUCUGGUCAGCGUCCUGUCUUCUGUCCAGUACACAAACAAGAACAGUUAAAACUUUUCUGUGAAACCUGCGACAGAUUGACAUGCAGAGACUGUCAGUUACUGGAACACAAGGAACAUAGGUAUCAGUUUUUGGAAGAAGCAUUUCAGAAUCAAAAGGGUGCUAUAGAGAAUCUCUUAGCUAAACUUCUUGAAAAGAAGAAUUACGUUAAUUUUGCAGCUACUCAAGUACAAAAUAGGAUAAAAGAAGUAAAUGAUACAAACAAAAGAGUAGAACAGGAAAUCAAAGUGGCUAUUUUUACCCUCAUUAAUGAAAUCAAUAAAAAGGGAAAAUCUCUUUUGCAGCAACUUGAGGCUGUGACGAAGGAGAGGCAGAUGAAGCUAAUACAACAGCAGAAUGAUAUCAGUGGUCUCUCAAGGCAGGUGAAACAUGUGAUGAACUUCACAAAUUGGGCCAUUGCAAGUGGUAGCAGCACUGCCUUGCUUUAUAGCAAGCGUUUGAUCACGUUCCAGCUGCGACAUAUUUUAAAAGCACGAUGUGAUCCUGUCCCAGCUGCUAAUGGAGCAGUACGCUUCCAUUGUGAUCCCACAUUCUGGGCAAAGAAUGUAGUCAACUUAGGUAACCUUGUUAUUGAAAAUAAGCCAACCCAAGGCUACACUCCUAAUGUAGUAGUGGGACAAGUUCCUCCAGGAACAAACCAUAUCAACAAACCUCCAGGGCAAAUUAAUCUUGCACAGCUUCGGCUCCAGCAUAUGCAACAGCAGGUGUUCGCACAACAAAAGCACCAGCAGUUACAACAGAUGAGGAUGGGGCAGCCUGCAGGGCCAAUCGCUCGCCAGGCAGGCCCACAGAUGCUGCAACAGCAGCCUCCAAGAUUGAUAAGUAUGCAGACCAUGCAGAGAGGUAUGAAUUGCGGUGCUUUCCAAGCCCACCAGAUGAGAAUGGCACAGAACGCAGCUCGUCUUCCAGGGAUCCCACGCCACAAUGGGCCUCAGUACUCCAUGAUGCAGCCGCACUUACAGAGACAAGUAUACGCUCAUUCAAACCCAGGUCAUGCUGGUCCCUUCCCAGUUGUUUCAGUGCACAAUAAUACUAUCAAUCCAACAAGUCCUACAACAGCCACCAUGGCCAAUGCUAACCGUGGUCCCACAAGCCCAUCUGUAGCAGCAAUAGAGCUUAUUCCUUCUGUAACCAACCCAGAGAACCUACCUUCAUUACCAGAUAUUCCUCCCAUACAGCUGGAAGAUGCUGGUUCCAGUACCUUAGAUAAUUUACUAAGUAGAUAUAUUGCAGGCAGCCAUCUACCACCACAACCAUUAAGCAGUAUGAAUCCUUCCCCUGGGCCCUCAGCCUUGUCUCCAGGCUCAUCAGGUUUGUCCAAUUCCCACACCCCUGUGAGACCACCUAGUACCUCCAGCACAGGCAGUAGAGGCAGUUGUGGCUCCUCUGGCAGAACUGUUGAGAAGAAUAAUAUUAGUUUCAAGCCUGACCAUGUUAAAGUUAAGCAAGAGCCUGGCACAGAAGAAGAGGUAUGCAGUUACUCCGGACCAGUAAAGCAAGAGAAAACAGAGGAUGGCAGGAGAAGCGCCUGUAUGCUUAGCAGUCCUGAGAGUAGUUUGACACCACCACUAUCUUCAAACUUGCAUUUGGAAAGCGAGUUGGAACCACUGGGAAGAAUAGAAAACCAUGUAAAAACUGAACCAGCAGACCUGAGUGAAAGCUGCAAACAAUCUGGACAUGGUCUUGUAAAUGGAAAGUCUCCAGUGCGUAGCCUCAUGCAUCGAUCAGUUAGGACUGGAGGAGAAGGCAACAACAAAGACGAGGAUCCUAAUGAGGACUGGUGCGCUGUGUGCCAAAAUGGGGGAGACCUGCUCUGUUGUGAAAAGUGCCCAAAGGUUUUCCACCUCACGUGUCAUGUACCCACUCUCCUCAGCUUUCCAAGUGGAGAAUGGAUAUGUACAUUUUGCCGAGAUCUUAGCAAACCUGAAGUAGAAUAUGAUUGUGAUAACUUGCAGCAUAGUAAGAAGGGGAAAACUGCGCAAGGUUUGAGUCCUGUGGACCAAAGGAAAUGUGAGCGCCUCCUGCUUUACCUAUAUUGCCAUGAGCUGAGCAUUGAAUUCCAAGAGCCGGUUCCAGCUUCGAUACCAAACUACUAUAAAAUAAUAAAGAAACCAAUGGAUUUAUCUACAGUAAAGAAAAAGCUACAGAAGAAGCAUUCCCAACACUACCAGACGCCUGAUGAUUUUGUGGCAGAUGUACGGUUGAUCUUCAAAAACUGUGAAAGGUUUAAUGAAAUGAUGAAAGUUGUUCAAGUUUAUGCAGAAACACAAGAGAUUAAUUUGAAGGCCGAUUCAGAAGUAGCACAGGCAGGGAAGGCAGUUGCAUUAUACUUUGAAGAUAAACUUACAGAGAUCUACCCAGACAGGACCUUCCAGCCUUUACCUGAAUUUGAGCAAGAAGAGGACGAUGCUGAAGUAACGGAUGAUUCAGAUGAAGAUUUUAUACAGCCACGUAGAAAACGUCUAAAAUCAGAUGAGAGACCAGUGCAUAUAAAGUAACCUGAUUGAAAUGGACCUAAACUAUUGUAAAAAGAAACAUAUUUAAGUGUUCCUGGAAUAUUAUCAUCCCUUCGGUGGCCAUCGUAUUGAAGCUGAUAGUAUUCAGACAGUAUUAGAUUACAAAAAGCAUUGUACAGAAACAUUCUCGUCAAAAGGGGGGAAAGCUUUCAACUUCUGUUCUUGAUUUUGUGUUUUAGUUUUUUAGUGUUUGGUUUUUUCAUUUUUCAGUCCCUCAUUUCUCAUAUACAGAGGUGAACGUUGAUAAAGCAGCGAGUUUUUAUAAAUUGAAAUUUGUACAAUUGAACUCUUAUCACUACUUAGUAAGCAUUUCUGCAAGAGUGGACCAAGGCAGUGAUGUUUCACUUUCAUACUGGGCUGCGGUUUACACUUGAGAAACCUUCCUCAAGAUCCUCUUCAUGCAACACUGAGUGUGAAUUGGAUUGUUUUUAUUCGGUGUCUCAUUUAAGUGGUAUUGCAAGUAUCAUAUUCCUAUUGGGUCAAGUAGCUAGGUUUUGCUUUCUUUUACUGACCUUGUAUAGAAGUAUCGUAAGUUGAUCAUUAAAUAAUUUUGAAUUGGAGAAUGCAGGAGUGCGAGUUCUUCAUAUGUCCCUCAUUAAGUCUGGUUGCAAUCAAUACUUUUUCAGUAGGAUUCAUGCUGUCGAGUGGAAGUCCUGUGCACAGCACACUUAAGUGAGUAUCCUCUUGGAAUUUAUUAAUCCUAUUUUUCUUCCCCUCAGAGGCAGGAUGUUGGCUGGAAAAUUGGUUAUAUAGAUUUUAGGAACUUCAGUAUUGAGACUGUAAGGUUAAAAAAUGGUUACUGACUAUCCAGUCUUCCCUAAUAAUAGUUUCUGAUAUACCACUAUCAGCAAACAGUAACUUUUGUCAACUACCAAAUGUGUAAAAUUUCCUAUAUUCACUCUGUCUUAUUUGUAAAUAUUGGUACUGUAAAUUCUUCAGACAGCAACAUUUGCUGGGCUGUUUUUAAGCUAAUAUGUAUUCUUAGCAAUGUUCCUAAUGAAGAACAGGUUUGUAAUAUGCUCUGUUUCUAAAACCAUUCAUAGUUUAAAGUUCUGUAUUAUUUUGUUAGAGCUACUCAAGAGUUUUCUUCAGAAGCAGCUUAAAUAUCUAAGAGAGAGUGAAAAAAAAAAAGCCCAUGAAAACAGAGUUACUCGUCCAUCAUGUAAAAAUUAGAACCUUUACAUGGAUCAGUAUACCAGACUGCUUGGUAGAUAAUGAUUACAGGAAGGCCCAUUAUGAUAAUCUGCAUGCUUUGAUGACAACAUUGAGAACAGAAAUAUAUUUGCAUUAUUAUAAUUUACUUUUGAAGAAGUAAUAUUUUUACAUUCAGUUGCACCAUUUUCAAGCCAUUCUCCAUAGUACUUUUAUUAUGCCAAUGUCAAAGAAUGCAAACCACACUAAGGUGUCUGCAGUAAUAGAUCCCUGAUUUGUCAUGGUUCAGAGUGUAUAAGAACAUAUAAUUGAUCUAUAUAAUAGAGACGAAUAGCUUCUUUGCACAGUGUAUUUUCUCAGAGAGGUUCUAGGGAGUUCCAGUACAAAUACUUGUCUUCAUUUUCUCAGUACACAGGCAAAAAGUAGAGACAGAAUAUAGCUGGUUCCACGAUGUGAAAGUGAUUCACUUUCUGAGAUUAUCUUUAUUAUUGCAUUUCAAGUGGAAGGGUCCGGUAGAAUUUGACAAUUUCUAAAUUGUCAAUACCUUAAUAUAGCGGACAGCUGCCCAAAUGAUCAGAAAUUACUUUUUGUCAUGGAAAAUCAAGACAGUAGCAGUGGGAUAAAAAUCUAUGGUUUUUCAUGCUCAGAAGGAAGUACUGAAAUGAAGCUGCAUCAUUUAUAUAAAAAUACAUGGGCUCAAGCUCACUUAGUCUCAUGUAUUCAAGGUUCAGAGUAGUGGAUUUGGGAAGUAUUUGUGUGCUUAUCCUUAGCGUAGCCCCAUUUGAUUAUUAUCUUGUGUGUGUAGUUGAGAGGAUGGCAUCCCUGAACUGAAAAUUAAUGUGCCAACUUUCUAGCACAUGGAUUUAUAACUGACAUCUUGAGAAAACCAGGCAUUGUCAGCAGGGAAGCACAAGACAAAAGGCAUAGUAAAUGUUGGGUGAUAGUUUAGUGUGCAAUGGGAUAUGCUCCAUGAGUCUUGAAAUGUAUAGUUUCCUUACUAUAGAAAAUCUACUUUAAGUACUAUGAAGAACAUUUUGCAAUUAUAUUACCUGAAAGCUAUAUUUAUAAUGGACUUUUUGGGAAAACCGAAAAUUGUCAGUAGGGAAGUGCAAGACAAAAGGCAUAGUAAAUGUUGGAUGAUAGUUUAGUGUGAUUGCACACAUAUUUCCUAUUCUCAAUUUGCAAUGGGAUAUGCUCCAUGAGUCUUGCAAUUUAUUGUUUCUUUACUACACAGAAAUGCUGCGUUCUGUAUUAUGAAGAACGUUUUACAACUAUAUUACCUGAAAGCUGCAAUGUUGUCAACAUAGUUUUGUACAUUAUCCUAUUUUGUACACGACACUAUCAGGUAUUGGCUAAUUCUGUGUUUCCAUGCUGCCCAUAUAAGGUAUAUCUGCAUUUCUGAGCCAUUUAAUCAGAUUCUAUACAGGCCCCCUCCUUUGAAAGUGACUGUGGUCAUUUGACCACAUAUUUAUUUUUGCAGCUCAGCAGGGUUCAGUAUAAAUGAAGAUAAAAUUAUAGUGUUCCCAAAAUGGAAGAAAGCCUUUGAUUUUCUUUAGAUGUUUUUUUUAAAA